CAUUAUGUAUCAUUAUACCGGUCCGCGUCGCGCGGUGUGCACUGCAGUUACUGGAACCAGGCGCGCGUGUGUGCUCUUCUCUCCUCUUCUAUACGCCCUGGUCCUCAUCUUCGUCGUCUUCUUCUUCUCUCAUCUUCUUCGUCCAGUCGUGUAUACGUGCGCGUAUACGUCGAGCGUGGCACGAUACCCUCGUCGGCCUCGAGUGUAAUCGUGGCGCGACGCGCGUAAAAAGCACACCGUCGCCGAGGAGGUGACGCGCGUUGCCUCCUCGCUUUGGUACACGCAAUUAAAUCGGCCGCGAGUGCGUAUUGGGAUAACGGAGCGACUUGGAAUAGAAAAUUCAUCCAGGUGGAAUCGAUCAGAUCCCCGUCCGUCGCGCGGAUGUGACCAGACGCGGACGUUCAGGACUCUGUGAUAUUCAAGUGAUAUUGUUCAAGUGACGUUCGCGAUAUACGUUGUAAUAAUCGCGAGUGCCAGAGACUCCGAUAUGUCGACGGCCUGGUCGCGGCCUGGUCGUGACGCAUCUCCGUUUGGAAGCGGAGCGACGAUGAGCUGACGCACGGCAGCCGGACAGUAGAGCAUAUUUACCGUCUCUCUCGGACUCUCUCUCUCUCUCUCUCUUUCUCUUUCUCUCUCUCUCUCUCUUUCCGGCUGGCUGGCUGAUUAAUAGUGCUCCCGCGAAGACAGUACGCGUGUGAAGUGGACAAGUGCGAUAAGUGGUGAGUCCGCGCUGAGGAACAGGAACCGUCCGAGCGACGGGCGAGUGUGACAGUUGACGUGUAACGUAGACUGCUCCGAUAUCUAGCUCCAGAAGUGAAAUAUCCCCGAUACAAGGAGUGAGAGGAAAGAACCGAGCGUCGUGAUAGUGCAACUCGACGAAACAAUAAUACAAUUCAGUGCGAACAAUAUUCGAACACGGUGAUACCAAUUUCCAAUUGUGUCAAUUUCCCCAAUCAGCUGAUAAGCUGACACCAGCUCGCUGCCCGACGGCUAAGCUAAACUCUCGGCUCUCCAAUGUCGACUCGGCGCCUGAUGGUUUACUCCGACACGUAGUGCCCAUCAUCCAGGACAUUCAGAGCCUAAGACUCGUCACUUCUUAUACACAGAGAGAGUGGCCCCAAGAUUCGGGCCCCGUACGGUGGGCGCGCGGCGGCGACUACGUCGUCGGCGAGUCUAGCGAAGAUUGUGGGCUGUGGCGGCGGCAUCGACGUCGUGUUUAAGGUGGAGCGUCCGGGCAGCACGACGACGCUCAACUUCACGGAUCUGGGGAGCCCAUUCGGGGCGGGCGACCCCUGUCCGUCGAGUACCCCGACCCCGAACAGCAUGUCGGGCGGCGGCGGACCGACCGGCGGCAGCGGCGGCGGCGGCGGAGGCGGCGGCGGCGGCGCCGCCGGCACCGGGGGCGCCAAUUCCGACAUGGAGCAGCAUCUUCAUCACGCGGGCCUGGGCUCGGUGACGCCCGGUCCGCCCGGCGGGAACGGCGGCGACAGCACGACCUCCAGCACGCCGGUCUCCCAGAGCGGCAAGUCCGCCUUCAUCGAGCUCCAGCACAACAAUCUGUACAACCCGGCGAGUCUGCGGAGUGGUUACCCAGGCGGACACAACGUGCCCGGUGCCCAUCAGUUCUCGCACCAGGUCGGCUCGUUAGCGGCCCAUCAGGGCUCCGGCCCGGGCAGCGGGAACCAGCAACACGCGGACGCGGGCUUCCCCAGUCCUAGAUCCGCGCUCGCCGGAUAUCCGUUCGCGCCCAUGCACCAGCACAACGCAUACGGAUAUCACCUGGGAUCGUACGCUCCCCAGUGUCCCUCGCCGCCCAAGGACGGUGAGUACCCCAACUGGUGGUGCAUGUUCGCAGACCUCUCGCCAUUAGGUGAUAAAGGCGGAAGCCUCGUCGACGAGCUGGGCGGCGGCGGCGGCGGUUCCCUCAGGAAUGGCAAGGGCAAGAAGAUGAGGAAACCGAGGACGAUUUACAGCAGCCUGCAAUUGCAGCAGCUCAACAGGCGGUUCCAGAGAACGCAGUACCUCGCGCUACCGGAAAGAGCGGAGCUCGCGGCCAGCCUCGGACUCACGCAAACACAGGUGAAAAUCUGGUUCCAAAACAGAAGGAGUAAGUACAAGAAGAUGAUGAAGGCAGCGCAGCAAGGCGGAGGUGGCGGCGGAGGUCAACAUGGCAGUCUUCUAGCGGGUGGAACCGCCUUACCCGGAGGACCAUCCCCUCAACCCGGUCAGCCCGGAAGUCUCAUGCAAGGUGGAGGCGGAAGUUCCGUGUCGGGCAGCCCCACGACGGGUUACUUGGGCGGCAUGGGCGGCGGGGGUGGUGGUCACACCCCCGGCAGCUCGAGCCCCGGAAGCGAGAUGUCGCCUCAGCACAACGAGAGCCCGCCGGCGCCCUCCUGGCCGGGCGAGAUGAAGCACCAUCCGCAUCCGCACGCGCCGCCUCACACCCAUCAUCACCCGCACACGCCCGGGCAUCAUCCACCGCCACCGCCACCGCCGCCGCAUCACGCGGGCUACAUGCCGCAGUACUCCUGGUACCAGGCGGACCCUAAUCCCGGAUUACUCACGGUAUGGCCAGCGGUUUAACGAAGACGUCCCUCGAACUGAGUUCAGGUGAACCACCUCUUCGUGGACGUAUUCCAGCGGUCUCGCCCCAAAGUGUGAAUAUGUGUAGCGCCUCUCUCGCGAGGAAAAUUGAAUGUUAAUAUUGUUUCUAAUUGUCUAACAAGAAGAAAAACCCGCACGCCGGUAUCCGUGCGGGCCGUCCGUCAAAGUGAGAACUUACAGUACGAACAGUGACAUACACAUACACACACACAUACACGCCCUCUAGCGAAAUAUUAAUAAUAAUAAUAAUAAUGUGAGAUGAAUAAUGUGCAACCGCGAAGAUGCCGAUCUUAGAUCGCGCUGUCAAAAUAUGUUUCUCAAAGCUACACGAAGAGGACCGAAUCUCCAGCCAACUGGUGGACUAUUAUCGAGCGUCACGAGCAAGUCAUGAACGGUUCACGGUGUGCAUCGAGUGACUUUUGACUGACAAGUGACGUAUUGUUUCGGUGCGAAGAAAACUGUUUUCCCCGGCUUGGAAUCCCGACGUUGGUUGGAUGAAGAAGAGAGCGAUGUGCCGUCAUAUGGUGAAGUAAAUAUCAUUUUAAAUUGGUGAUAAUAUAUAAUGUCGAAUGACAGUGGUUUUAUAUACGACGUAAAAUUGACCGAAAAUUGACCGUGAUUCGUGACGCGAAUUCGGAAUGAAGAAACGACGACGUCGUUUUUCGUUGGUGGUUCUUGAUGUUCGAUUUACGAGUUGGAGGGUACUUGUAACGCUUCGCGUAUAUGAUCGUAUGAUUGAGUGGAUUAUCACGAAUGUAACGCUUUUCGUGUUUGACAAGUAAUCGUUGUCGCAAAAAAAUAUAAAAAAAAGAAUCGCGAGGAAUCUCUUUCCUGGGAAAUAAAAUGGCUUUUCUAUAUAUGUCUGUUCGUGUUCGACCGUCGCAAUUGCGUGCAUCGGAUCUAAUUUGAUUACUACGGUUAAUUAUAUAAGCGAAAGAUUGCCUCCGAGUAAUUGUUUCCAUUGUGAAAAUGUUGUCCAAUCGUCCAUUUGUCAAUUUGCGUAAAAUUGUGUAUCGAUUUUAAUCGCUAUACGAUUAAUUGUUGAUAAUUAAACAAGAAUCGCGCGAUUACGAUUAUUUUCUAUGAAAACGUAUUGAAUCGACGUUACCGCUGCAAUUACCAAAACCUCAUCGAAUCGUCACAGUUAGAUGUUAAUUGAUUGUAUUUGUAUGUAUAUCAGAAAGUCUCAAAUCUGUAAUCUGUAGAAAGAUUAUAUUUUCGUUUACGUUCAAUUGUCAAAAUUAAAUAUUUUCCAAUUUAAUUAAUAUCAUUUUCUCCGUUGCUGAAUAAUUUUUAUAUUGAGUUCAAGGUUUCUGAUCUACAUUGUCAUUCUCAAAACAUACAAUAAUUAUUCUCUAAACAAAUGCGUAAAAAAAAUGUGUUAAUCAAGAAUUUGAUAACCGAUCUAAUGUUAAAUUAGAUUCCUCUGAUAUAAGAGAAGGGGAGAGGGUCACACACCGGUGUUGGCAGAUAAAUGACUUAUUAGUAUUAUUAAAAAUUACUUUCUUAAACUUAGUCGGAUAUGAUAAAGUAUUUAAACUCGUUCAACUUUUCUCACACUUAACGAAUACCAUCCCGAUACGUCACCGAGAUGCGUUAAUGUCACAGUGGCAAUAAUAUGACAUCCACGAUGAAAAAAAUACCGGACGCGAAUCAAGGUUUUGAGGUCCGGUGCUUUUGCCUCCGGCAAAAAAUUAUGUUUAUUUCCAGAACAAAUCCUGGCGAGUAACAGGAUAAUCGGCUCGAUCGAACACGAGAUUUUCGUCACUUUUCUGAAUCUGGCACGAUCGUGCAUCUCUAAGAACCAAUUUCUAUCUCAUCGUAAAUGUCAAUUGCCGAUGACGUUAGGCGGAUUGAUCCUUUGUGACAGUUGCCCAACAAACCGAGAGCGCAACCGACCUACUUCGUGCCGCAUUUCGCGCGGUAAGAAAGGUAGAGAGGAACGAGGCAAGAUUGGCGGAAUCUCUUCGAGAAGAUAAACGUCGGAGGGAGGUUGGAGGGAAGGAGAGAAACGGAGAGGAAAAAAGAGAGACAACGUUGCAUAAACUCGUUGAGCAGUCGUUCCUCAAGGCAGUUGGAAGUAAUGAAAUCCUAAUGACAUUUUCGUGAGUCAAACGAUCUCGGCAAUCACGGUGGCUCGCUAUAAUCACCGGUCCCUUCUUCCCGGAUGAGGCAACCGGCCUCCUCCGAAGAGGAAAGAAGCGCGAAAGGACGGAGGAACGACAGGCUCGAGGAGGCAAGUUGAACAAAAAAUCGUAAUCUCGGUUAGCGAGCCGAUGUUCGAGUUUAUUAAGAACUUUGGGAAAUUAGAAAAAAGACGUUGAAUUUUCAAGAGUCUGUCAACAGUCUUUCAAAUUUGGACGAAUCAGUGAUUAAGAAUUCCAAUUUUAAAAAUUGCAAAAAUAUUUAUUUAUUUAUAAUUUUGAUUAGGACAGUUUUAAAUGAAGAGAGCUGAAGGAAAUUAAAAAAAAAAAACGAUUUACUGCCUCUCUUUUUUCUUCCAUCAAAUGAUCCGCGCUCGAAUUAGAAACUAGGCAUCCCUUAAGAAUAGGUGGCCUGUAAAAGCCGGUGAAGUCGGUCGCGGGUGAACAAUGCGGCGGACUGUUUUGCGCUGUUUCUCCUCCGCUGUCAGCCAUAUUGGGUCACCCUUGCCAUCUUGCAAUAUCUAGCUUUCCAAGAGGCGACGCCAAACCGCAAAAACGACGACGGCUGUGGCUUGCGACCGCGGGAAACUGGGAGGGUCGACGGGCCCCACCGCCUGACCUAGAUCCACUGUCUCGUCGGUGCAACAAUGGUCGUCUCUCAUGAGAACGCAUGGUCCCAUACGGUCCCUUUCCUUCCUGAUUCUUGCCUUUUCCUUCGCUCUGAUUGACGGUACCGUUCGGCACAUGUCGCGAUGUGUCGCUGAAACGCGCCGGUGUCUCGCACAACUCUUAAGAAAAAUAUUUCCAAGACCUUGAAAAUUUGCAUUAAAUUGAAAAAUCGAAACUCUGAAAUUUCCCAAGAUUUUUGAUUAAUCGAAUUAAUUACGGGAUCCAAAACUGCACCGAUUUCCCAGACUGGACAACAAAUCCAGGUAUACGAAUAAUUGUAUUGAGUGUAUUUUUUUCGCGAACACCCGAACCGAAGCCGCGCAUCGAUAGAGUCGAAAGAGUAUAUAUUACAUAUAUAUACAUAUAUAAUAAAUAUAUAAAUUUCCCUAAAGAAUCGACGCCGCGCAAGUCGACGCGGCGCGGAAACUUGAGGCGGACUUAGGCUGCCGGGUUUAUACCCCACGGUAAGCACAAAGAGAACAGUACAAAACUAGUUUUAUGCCCUUCCGCUCGUCGUCGACCGCGCUUGCUGUUGAAUGCUACGCGAUUUUUACGUACGAGGAAAAAAAAAAGAGGAAGGCGAGCUAGGCUAUAUACGUUCCGGGGAUCGAUGUCGCUGCACCGGGGCGACUCUGAAAUUCCUACACCGUGACGUACCGCAUCGUCGUCGUCGUCGUCUUCGUCGUCGGCGCACAGCAAAGGAUGCACCUUGGCCACGACGAGGACGGCGACGAUGACGAACGAAGAAGAUUCGCGGCGAUUCUCUCUCCCGUAUAUAAUAAUAAGUGCCGUUAGAUUUAACCGCAAGCCGCGCUGCGAGGAAGAACUAGGAGGCGCACGAGAUGGCCUCCUCGGAUGGGUUCUUGCGUUCUGAUUCGGUGCAAUAAGAGAAAGGUGUAUGCGUAUAUAAUUUAUAUAAGACGAAGAAGCUCCCCUCAGUUCCUAAAUUGCGUGUAAAGCUGGAAAUGCGUAAAAAAAAAUUGUGAGCGUGGUCCAAGUGAUAAGGCAUACGUUUCUGAUCGUUUUUCCUGGAAAGCUGGAACUUUAUUAGAAAAAUUGAGUAUUUUAUGUAAAUUUGAAUUUUUCCAACUUUUUCCAAAUUUCGAGGAAGAAAAUAAUAUACAAAGGAGCUACAGCAUCUCUUUAUGAAGAUGAAAAUUUCGUUUGUGAAAGAUUUCACUGUCUCCAGGAAGUACUGACAUUAAUUUCAGCUUCGACGAGCAAACGUAUAAUUGCGAUUCACUUUUUCCACGCUUUUAUCGAAUAUACGCGGAUUAUGAUCAGCGCGCGAAAAUUAUGAAACGCGAACUUGACACGAUUCUCUCCUUAGAAAAAAGAAAAGAGAGCGAGAGCGAGCGAGAAAGAGAGAGAGAAUGGUAAACAGUAUAAAAAAAAAAGAGUCCAUAGAAUUUACUAGCGUUACUAGUCCCGGGGCAAACCAUCGGAGGAUCGAUCUCGUACUCGGCGAGGCCGAAUGACAGAUCGAACCCCGAACGAAUUUGUAAAUAUUGCACCGGGGCCCUCUAGCAUGUAAGCCGUAAGUGAAUCUGUGUAAAAUACGAUAUUGUGAUAAGAGUGUAAAGAGACGAGAAAAUACGAGAGAGAAACAGAGGAAACAAGAGAGGCCUAGAAAAAUCGUCUAUAUACAUAUAGGAUAUAACACGACAGAUCCCAAUUUAUCGAUUUUACCGAGUACCCUUGUACGAAUAUAGAAUAUUACGAGGACUAAAACACCUUAAUUAUGAUUACUAUUGUGUAUAAAAUAUGAAUAACUAAUUAAUUCAAUUUAAAACA